UGGCAGGCAGGCGGGCGAGCCCACGGCACAGCGCCCCCCGCGCCCCCGCCCCCGCGCUGCGGAGAAUGGGCACCUCGGGCCGCGGGGCGCAGCCGGAGAAUAAACCCCAAUGAUCACGGGCUGAGAACGGCGCCGCCACCAUGUCCGUGGCCUUCGCGUCGGCACGGCCGAGAGGCAAAGGGGAGGUCACUCAGCAGACCAUCCAGAAGAUGCUGGAUGAGAACCACCACCUGAUCCAGUGCAUUCUGGACUACCAGAGCAAGGGCAAGACAGCCGAGUGCACGCAGUACCAGCAGAUCCUGCACCGGAACCUCGUCUACCUGGCCACCAUUGCAGACUCCAACCAGAACAUGCAGUCGCUCCUUCCUGCGCCACCAACACAGAACAUGAACCUGGGCCCCGGAGCCCUGAGUCAGAGCGGUUCCAGCCAGGGCCUGCACCCCCAGGGCAGCCUCAGUGAUACCAUCAGCACGGGCCUGCCCCCCGCCUCUCUCAUGCAGGGACAGAUCGGUAAUGGUCCGAACCACGUGUCCAUGCAGCAGACGGCCCAGAGCACACUGCCCACAACCUCUAUGAGCAUGUCAGGCAGCAGCCAUGGUACUGGACCUGGCUACAGCCACUCGGGACCCACCUCGCAGAGUGUCCCCAUGCAAGGCCAAGGUGCCAUCAGCAACUAUGUGUCUCGGACCAACAUCAACAUGCAGUCCAACCCAGUCUCCAUGAUGCACCAGCAGGCAGCCACGUCCCACUACAACUCAGCACAGGGAGGGAGCCAGCAUUACCAGGGCCAGGCGCCCAUUGCCAUGAUGGGCCAGGGUGGCCAAGGGAGCAGCAUGAUGGGACAGCGGCCCAUGGCACCCUACCGACCCUCCCAGCAAGGCUCUUCCCAGCAGUACCUGGGCCAGGAGGAGUACUACAGCGAACAGUACAGCCACAGCCAGGGUGCUGCCGAGCCCAUGAGCCAACAGUACUACCCAGACGGCCACGGUGACUACGCCUAUCAGCAGUCAUCUUAUACUGAACAGAGCUACGACCGCUCGUUUGAGGAGUCCACGCAGCACUACUAUGAGGGGGGAAACCCCCAAUACAGUCAGCAGCAGGCGGGGUACCAGCAGGGCACAGCACAGCAACAGACUUACUCCCAGCAGCAGUAUCCCAACCAGCAGAGCUACACGGGGCAGCAGCAAGGCUACGGCCCUGCCCAGGGAGCCCCCUCACAGUACUCAAGCUACCAGCAAGGCCAAGGCCAGCAGUAUGGAAGCUACAGAGCAUCGCAGACGGGACCUUCUGCCCAACAACAGCGGCCUUACGGCUAUGAGCAGGCAAGCUUUCUGGGUGUCUCAGGAAGUGCUGUCUGCCAAGCUGCAGUGGGGCAUGGCCAGGAUUUCUCUUAUGGUCCUGAGGAGCGAUCAGGCCAGUAUGGGAAUUACCAGCAGUAA